AUGUCAGCACCAAACCCAAAAGCCUUUCCGUUAGCUGAUUCCGCUUUAACUCAACAAAUUUUGGACGUUGUUCAACAAUCUCAAAAUCUUAGACAAUUGAAGAAAGGUGCUAAUGAAGCCACCAAGACUUUGAACAGAGGUAUUUCCGAGUUUAUUAUUAUGGCUGCUGAUACAGAACCAAUUGAAAUCUUGUUGCACUUGCCAUUACUUUGUGAGGAUAAAAACGUACCUUAUGUUUUCGUUCCAAGCAAGGCCGCUUUAGGAAGAGCUUGUGGUGUUUCUAGACCAGUCAUUGCUGCAUCAGUUACCACCAAUGACGCUUCAUCUAUCAAGAACCAAAUCUACGGUAUCAAAGAUAAGAUCGAGACCUUGUUGAUCUAA